AUGGGAGGUGCUGCUGGACGAGGCCCCCCGCCCGGAGAGCCGGUCCCACUGACGGGGCACACUCAACUGGGAGCUGCUGCUGGACGGGGCCCCCCGCCCGGAGAGCCGGACCCACUGACGGGGCACACUCAGCUGGGAGCUGCUGCUGGACGGGGCCCCCCGCCCGGAGAGCCGGACCCACUAACGGGGCGCACUCAAAUGGGAGCUGCUGUUGGACGGGGCCCCCCGCCCGGAGAGCCGCACCCACUGACGGGGCACACUCAGCUGGGAGCUGCUGUUGGACGGGGCCCCCCUCCCGGAGAGCCGGGCCCACUGACGGGGCACACUCAAAUGGGAGCUGCUGCUGGACGGGGCCCCCCGCCCGGAGAGCCGGACCCACUGACGGGGCACACUCAGCUGGGAGCUGCUGCUGGACGGGGCCCCCCGCCCGGAGAGCCGGGCCCACUGACGGGGCACACUCAGCUGGGAGCUGCUGUUGGACGGGGCCCCCCGCCCGGAGAGCCGGACCCACUGACGGGGCACACUCAAAUGGGAGCUGCUGUUGGACGGGGCCCCCCGCCCGGAGAGCCGGACCCACUGACGGGGCACACUCAGCUGGGAGCUGCUGCUGGACGGGGCCCCCCGCCCGGAGAGCCGGUCCCACUGACGGGGCGCACUCAAAUAGGAGCUGCUGUUGGACGGGGCCCCCCGCCCGGAGAGCGGGACCCACUGACGGGGCACACUCAGCUGGGAGCUGCUGCUGGACGGGGCCACCCGCCCGGAGAGCCGGUCCCACUGACGGGGCACACUCAAAUGGGAGCUGCUGUUGGACGGGGCCCCCCGCCCGGAGAGCCGGGCCCACUGACGGGGCACACUCAGCUGGGAGCUGCUGUUGGACGGGGCCCCCCGCCCGGAGAGCCGGGCCCACUGACGGGGCACACUCAGCUGGGAGCUGCUGCUGGACGGGGCCCCCCGCCCGGAGACCCGGACCCACUGACGGGGCACACUCAGCUGGGAGCUGCUGUUGGACGGGGCCCCCCGCCCGGAGAGCCGGGCCCACUGACGGGGCACACUCAAAUGGGAGCUGCUGUUGGACGGGGCCCCCCGCCCGGAGAGCCGGACCCACUGACGGGGCACACUCAGCUGGGAGCUGCUGCUGGACGGGGCCCCCCGCCCGGAGAGCCGGACCCACUGACGGGGCACACUCAGCUGGGAGCUGCUGUUGGACGGGGCCCCCCGCCCGGAGAGCCGGACCCACUGACGGGGCACACUGAGCUGGGAGCUGCUGCUGGACGGGGCCCCCCGCCCGGAGAGCCGGUCCCACUGACGGGGCACACUCAAAUGGGAGCUGCUGUUGGACGGGGCCCCCCGCCCGGAGAGCCGGACCCACUGACGGGGCACACUCAGCUGGGAGCUGCUGUUGGACGGGGCCCCCCGCCCGGAGAGCCGGACCCACUGACGGGGCACACUCAGCUGGGAGCUGCUGUUGGACGGGGCCCCCCGCCCGGAGAGCCGGUCCCACUGACGGGGCACACUCAAAUGGGAGCUGCUGUUGGACGGGGCCCCUCGCCCGGAGAGCCGGACCCACUGACGGGGCACACACAAAUGGGAGCUGCUGCUGGACGGGGCCCCCCGCCCGGAGAGCCGGACCCACUGACGGGGCACACUCAGCUGGGAGCUGCUGCUGGACGGGGCCCCCCGCCCGGAGAGCCGGUCCCACUGACGGGGCACACUCAAAUGGGAGCUGCUGCUGGACGGGGCCCCCCGCCCGGAGAGCCGGACACACUGACGGGGCACACUCAAAUGGGAGCUGCUGUUGGACGGGGCCCCCCGCCCGGAGAGCCGGACCCACUGACGGGGCGCACUCAAAUGGGAGCUGCUGCUGGACGGGCCCCCCCGCCCGGAGAGCCGGUCCCACUGACGGGGCACACUCAGCUGGGAGCUGCUGUUGGACGGGGCCCCCCGCCCGGAGAGCCGGACCCACUGACGGGGCACACUCAGCUGGGAGCUGCUGUUGGACGGGGCCCCCCGCCCGGAGAGCCGGACCCACUGACGGGGCGCACUCAAAUGGGAGCUGCUGCUGGACGGGGCCCCCCGCCCGGAGAGCGGGACCCACUGACGGGGCACACUCAGCUGGGAGCUGCUGCUGGACGGGGCCCCCCGCCCGGAGAGCCGGACCCACUGACGGGGCACACUCAAAUGGGAGCUGCUGUUGGACGGGGCCCCCCGCCCGGAGAGCCGGACACACUGACGGGGCACACUCAAAUGGGAGCUGCUGCUGGACGGGGCCCCCCGCCCGGAGAGCCGGUCCCACUGACGGGGCACACUCAGCUGGGUGCUGCUGCUGGACGGGGCCCCCCGCCCGGAGAGCCGGUCCCACUGACGGGGCACACUCAGCUGGGAGCUGCUGCUGGACGGGGCCCCUCGCCGGGAGAUGUGACCGGCAUUUCCUGUCACCACUGUGGAGCAGAUGGAGUACGAAAGACUUUGGAAAGUAAAGGAGGGACCGAGCAAAGGAGCGGGCUGACGUUUCGGAGAGGAUACGUUCCUAUCGGUGAAUCAAGGGAAACUCUAAAGUACCAAACACUUUUCCUGAAAGGUUAG